AAUGUGACGCUGUGCCCGGCUGCCCAGGCCUGCCCUGUUGGCUAUACUGUGAACAUCACUAUGGGAGUCUGCUGUUCCAAUGUCACCUGCGUGAUUAAACCUAAUGUGUGUGUUUUCCAAAACCACGAAUAUCAGGUCGGAGACCUGGUGCCCAUGAAGCCAUGCGACAAGUGCAGUUGUAGUGAAAAGACAAAUCCCAGCACCCAAUUCCACACAAUAGAAUGUCAGCCGACACCAUGUGACACACACUGCCCUCUGGGUUAUGAGUAUCAGAGCGUCGCUGGUCAGUGCUGUGGGAAGUGUAUCCAAACCAGCUGCAUUGUCACGCUGUCAAACUUCACCAAGACAUUAUCGCCUGGCGCCAUUUGGACUCCUGAAGAUAAUCCCUGUGUGAAGUUUGAGUGUGUGAAGAUCGCUAAUCAAUUCAUCACCAUAGAGGCCAAGAUCACGUGUCCUCUCUACGACCCCAAAGAAUGCAUACCGGGAACAGAGACCAUAGCUCCGGACGGAUGCUGCCAUUUCUGUAUUCCAAAGGGUCAGCCAUGCAACAUAUCCACCACUACUGUGUACUUGGAGAGCCAGGGCUGCCACGCCAAAGAACUGGUCAAUGUGACAUCCUGUAGGGGAUCAUGUGGCACCUUCACCUUCUACUCUACCAAGAUGAGGUCCUUGGAGCACACCUGCUCCUGCUGCCAGGAGGUGGCUGCAUCUGAGAGGAAGAUCCAGCUCUCUUGCCCUGACAACACGGAGAUCAGCUACACCUACAUCCACAUCGACACCUGCGCGUGCCUCAAGACAGAAUGCUCUGUGCCGGGCCGCAGCGAGAUGGCAAACGUCAAGUCACGUCGACGCAGGAGAUGA